UUCCCUGUAGCGGUUGGAAAAGCCCGUGAUAAAACCAAACAAAAAAUAAAGAUUGAAAAACAAACCAAUUCUGACGAGUCUGAGCUUGAACCCUUUUUCGGAAAAUUUCUCCAGAUUCACUCGUUUAUGCACUGCUAAUCCGUAUCGUUUUCCAACUUCCUUUCAUUUCAGAAUCAAUAUGAUGAUUGCAACGACAUGCCUUGUGGUCACUUUGAUAAUUUUAAACCAUGGACAAAGUAGUAACUCCCAUUUCGCCACCUUUCGUCAAGCAACUGACACGUUCAAGAGUGAUGCCCCAAGACUCUCCGUCGGCGAAAUGAAAGAUCCUAUGGAAUUCGAUGAGGGUUCCGGAAUAAUGGAAACGAUGUUAAAUGUUGAAGAAUGUCUCGGAAAUGGCCGUCCAAGGUUUACCAUUUCCCUGCCGAAUCCGAGUGGAUGUUAUAGUUUCCAAACCACUGGAUUUAACUUGGGGGGAUAUCCGAAUUAUUCAGGAUCUCGUUCUCAAUACUUUUGCUCUUACUCCAUUCAGUUUGGGGCUACUGUAAGUGGAACGAUGACCGUUAAAGAAAAAGAUUUCCAGUUCCAAGGACCGAACAGUGAUGGAAGAUGCGAUGAUUUUCUAUUAAUUUCUGGUGUCAACGAUGAACAGCAAGAAGACGACAAUAGUGACUCCGAUGACCGAGAUCCGCGUAAAAAUUCCCUGUCAUAUUGUGGCACGAUUACAGAAGACAAGAUCCGCGCUUUCUCUAACGAUCAACUUUCCAUUGAAUUUGGCGCCGACAACACAGAAAACGGCAACGGAGCCGAAAUUGUUAUUUGUAUUGAUUAAAAGAGUUGGGGGUCAAAAGCCCGAUUCUAUGUUUUUACCACUUUUAUGAACUAUGAAGUGAUUAUUUUGGUUGAUUUGUUUUUCUUUUAUUUUGACCGACUUCAUAGUUUCGAACAUGUUGAUUAAAUAAAAUAUUUGGUGUUCAUGUGAGCGAACUUUGUGUGAAAAUAAAGAAAAGAGAAUGAUUUCAA